AUGAGAAGUAACUUACUAUCUUCCUCCCACUUCAGCUCAAUGGCAACAGCUUCGAUGACUUUCGCACGUUCGAAGAAAGACACCGUCCAACGGUCGAGAAUUUUAUUUUGCUGUUUUCUUUUAGUACGAGGAGCUAUGUCUGAAGUCAUGUUGGAUGAACGUGGAUUACCGAAUCUCAAUUCGACAACUACGAGUAUCUCGUCUUCGGUUAGUUCAACAAGCUCCAGUGCACAGUCUACCAGUGCAACUUUUACGCCAUUUAUUCCAAGUUCGGAGGGCAACAAGUACGUCUAUCAUGCAACACAUACGGGUGGCACAGUUUUCAUAGCGGUCGGUAGCUGUCUAGCAUUCAUCUUAGGGAUUGUGCUGGUAGUAUGGAUUGUUUUCGGUUUCAGUUCAUGGCGUAGCGCCCGCAAGGAGUACAAGCUCAAAGAUAUGGAGGAGAAAUGUCAAUACGAUCCUUUCUUCUAUUCAACCUUCAAAGAUACAAGUGACGGUUCCGACAGCGAUGAAAGGAGCGAUAUGUCUGAGAAGGUUCUCAGAAAUAAGCCUUCCACCUUAAGUCUCUACAGUUUGACAUCCACCUCAAUGCUAAAUCUCCUAAACCAGACCAAGAACGACUCAGCUGGGGGAGAUCAGAAUGUACAUCAGUCGAACAACAGACGUUCAAUGUUCAUCUCGCCAAUUGAACUGCUGCAAAAUGAAGCCAAUAGAACCACCCUUUGGACCAACGAUAACACCAGCACCGGCACUCCUUUCGAUUCUCCGGUAAGCACUCAAGUCGAGCAAUCUUGCACGCAGAUCCUUAAUAACAUGGACGGCCUAACCGGACAAGCCAGAUCAAACAUCUACCACCAUAACAAGCGCUCCAAAAGCACAGUUGAUCUGCUACCGGGUGGUGGAUCUCCUUCUUCGCUUGAAGACACAAGCCAAACAAGAGAGACGAUAAACAACAAGAAACAUUAUAGAUCACCAAGCAUUGUUCUGGACCAACUACUGGACCAGGAUUAA